GAUUUGAGUCACUUGGAAUACGAGCUUGGAUGCCUUGCUAUAACAAAAGGGGGCAUGGAGAACGUGGACGUGUUCACCUGCGAAGCCAAAGGCAGGGGGCUGAAGGCAGUGAAGGAAUUUUGGGCAGGAGAUGUCAUUUUCGCAGAACGAGCCUAUGCUGCAGUAGUAUUUGACAGCCUCACCCACCUUGUCUGCCACACCUGUUUUAAGCGGCAUGAGAAGCUCCAGCGUUGCGGCCAGUGCAAGUUUGCCCAUUACUGUGACCGAACCUGCCAGAAGGAUGCCUGGGUGAACCACAAGAAUGAGUGCUCUGCCAUCAAGAGGCAUGGGAAAGCGCCCAACGAAAACAUCAGGUUGGCUGCCCGAAUCAUGUGGAGGAUAGAGAAAGAAGGAGGAGGCCUGACAGAGGGGUGCUUGGUUUCCAUUGACAACCUACAGAACCAUGUGGAUCACUUUGGAGACGAAGAGAAGAAGGAGAUGAGGAUCGACCUGGAGAGCUUCUUGGAGUUCUGGCCACCUGACAACAAGCAAUUUGGCAUGCAGUACAUCUCUCACAUUUUGGGUGUGAUAAACUGCAAUGGCUUCACUCUGAGUGACCAACGGGGGCUGCAGGCAGUUGGUGUGGGCAUCUUCCCCAACCUUUGCCUGGUGAACCAUGACUGUUGGCCCAACUGCACAGUCAUCUUUAACAAUGGCAAUCAUCAGGCUGUAAGAUCAUUGUUCCACACCCAGAUGAGGAUUGAGCUGCGUGCUCUGGGUAAGAUCUCCGUCGGGGAAGAGCUGACUGUUUCCUAUGUAGAUUUCCUCAAUGUUAGUGAAGACAGACGGCAGCAGCUGAAGAAGCAGUAUUAUUUUGACUGUACCUGUGAGCAUUGCCAAAAAGGAAUCAAAGACGACCUGAUGUUGGCUGUGAAAGAGGGGGAUGAAAAGCCAUCCAAGGAAGUGGUGAAGGACGUCAUCCAGUUCUCCAAGGAAACCCUGGAAAAGAUUGAUGAGGCUCGUACCGAAGGGAUAUACCACCAAGUUGUAAAGCUGUGUCGAGAGUGUCUGGAUAAGCAGGACCCAGUGCUGGGAGACACAAACCUUUACCUACUCCGGAUCCUCAGCAUCAUGUCGGAAGUUCUCUCUUACCUCCAGCUCUUUGACGAGGCAGCUGGUUAUUCAAAACGAAUGGUGGAUGGUUACGUGAAACUCUACCACCCAAAUAAUGCACAGCUUGGGAUGGCCCUCAUGAGAGCUGGAGUGACUCACUGGCAUGCUGGCCUCAUUGAAGCGGGCCAUGGGAUGAUUUGCAAAGCCUACGCUAUUCUUCUGGUGACCCAUGGCUCCACCCACCCAAUCACCAAAGACCUGGAGGCCAUGCGCAUUCAGUCAGAGAUGGAGCUGCGCAUGUUUCAAGAGAAUGAGUUUGUGUACUACAAGAUGCGAGAGGCAGCUCUUCAGAACCAAACAAUCCAGGUCAUGCCUGAGCCUGCCGCCAAUGAGAUUUCACCCGGCAUCUUCCAGAAGAAAUAAGAAUGGGAUUGUUUGCCAGCCUGGAGGUGUCUUGCUGAAUUCUGAUGGCUGGUGCAAAAAUCAGCUGUUUUGGUUCUGAACAGGAAGAAAGUGCCAAGGAAAGUGGGUGUUUGGUUCUGAAUGUUCAGAUCUCCAGAGGACAGCACCAGAGAGACAUGGUUUUUCUACAUGCCCAGCAUGUUGAGUUAGAAACAUUUCACAGAAGGAGUCAAAGCCUACAUUCACUCGUUUCAAUGAUCAAUAAAGUUAUUAUGACACA